GCAAAGCAGACAUGAUCAGUUGAUAUUUUUGAGAUAGCCAUGGACGCGCCACAAUUGCAGAUGCACAUAGCAAUGUACCCAUGGCUUGCUAUGGGACACAUAACAACAUAUCUCCACCUAGCCAACAAAUUAGCCAAGAGAAGACACAGAAUCUCCUUCUUCAUACCCAAACGAACAAAGGCAAAGGUGGAACAUUACAACCUCUAUCCACACUUGAUAACCUUCAUCCCCAUCACCAUUCCCCACGUUGAUGGCCUUCCUCCUCAGGCUGAAACCACUUUUGAUGUUCCCUUAUCUUUAGCCACACUUUUUAUGACUGCCAUGGAUCGCACUAAGAAGGACAUCGAACCACUUUUACAUGAGCUCAAACCUAACGUUGUUUUUUUUGAUUUUGCAUUGUGGAUACCCAGCUUGGCUCGGAGCUUAGGCAUCAAGUCUCUUCAGUACAUUACUGUAAACGUGAUGUCAGUAGCUUUUAUAGAAUCCAUGAAGAAGCAGUGUCAACAAAAUAACUUAGUUGAAGAUGAUGAGAUGAAUCUCAUGAAUAGUCCCCCAGCUGGGUUCCCAGAUUCUUCCAUCAAGCUUCAUGCUCAUGAGGUUCGAGGAUUAGCUUCAUUCAUGAAACUUGAAGUUGGUGGUGUUAGUUUCAUGGACCACGUCUGCACUGGAGCCAAUUUGUCAGAUGCAGUGGGAUUUAGAGGUUGUAGAGAAAUUGAGGGACAAUAUGCUGAGUUUCUUGAAAGUUUCUAUUGGAAGCCUCUUUUGCUUUCAGGGCCUGGGUUACCAGAUCCACCCAACUCCACUUUGGAACAAAAAUGGGCUCAAUGGCUUGCAAGAUUUAACCCUGGUUCGGUCAUAUACUGUGCAUUUGGAAGUGAAUGCAGGAUGGUUCAAGAUCAGUUCAAGGAACUAUUGCUGGGUCUUGAGUUAACAGGUUUUCCAUUUCUGGCAGCACUUAAAGCACCUAUUGGAUUUGAGUCUGUUGAAGAAGCUAUGCCAGAAGGGUUCAAAGAGAGGGUUCAUGGAAGAGGCAUUGUGCAUGGGGGUUGGGUUCAGCAGACAUUAAUUCUCGAUCACCCCUCUAUAGGGUGCUUCAUUACCCAUUGUGGAGCCUCAUCUUUACUAGAGGCACUUGUGAACAAGUGUCAGCUUGUGAUGUUACCAAAUGUUCUUGAUCAGAUCUUUAAUGCAAGGAUGAUGAGCAGCAGCUUUAAGGCUGGUGUUGAAGUGGAGAAAGGUGAAGAAGAUGGUUUGUUCACAAAGGAGAGCGUCUGCAAAGCUGUGAAGACUGUGAUGGAUGAUGAGAGUGAGGUUGGAAGGCAGGUUAGAGAAAAUCAUUUAAAAUUGAGAAACAUCUUAAGCAGCAAGGAUUUGGAGAACACUUACAAUGAUAGUUUUUGUCACAAGCUGCAAGAAUUACUUGGGGGAUGACAUCCAAGUUUAAUUCAACCAUGGCUUGAAAAUUAAUUUGCUUGAGUUAGAGUUGCUUCCAUAUAUAUAUAUAUAUAUGAAUCGACUCCACGAGCAGUAAUAUUGCACUUUCGUUUAUUAGUUAGGCUUUGGCUAUGGUAAAUCUCAUCAACUUGUCAUUUAUGAACUUCCUAAUUACUUGUAUGGAUAUGUUCUGUUGUUGCUUUAAUCAUAGUUAUAUUAUUAUAUAGUAUGUAGUUUGACCACGAAUCUCUGUCAAAUUUACCCAAAUGCUCAAAAUCUUGAACUUGCUUGCUGCUGGUGCUCUCUUUUAGAUGGGUGGUUCAAUAUGCAAUAAUCCUUUGUACUUAUGACUGCAGAGCUAUCUAUAUAUGGUUUCCUCCUUUGUUUUUAUUUUUA